AUGACCGGGGUUUACCGGGUGUCUACAUCAGAGCGCUUAACCAGCGGUCAUGAAUUCUCCGUGGAUAAAGCCACCAAGCGGCGCGUGGGGUCUUCUCAGCCUCAAAAAGAAUUUUGGAUCAUCUAUGGCCAGUCGAGAGCCGCCCGUCUUGAGCAACGCCUCUGCAUGGGGAAUGCAUGGAGAAGGAUCAUGAUCCCUCUCAUUCCAUCCCACAACCGGUGGGUUGGAACCUAG